UUUUUUUUAGUUUUGAUGUUUGACGUUUUGCUUUGCUUGGGUUGUCAGUUUUUAUUUGAUGUGUUUGGAGAAAAAGUAGUCAAAGCGAAUAAAGUUGCUUAUUGUAGCGAAUUUCACAAUUUAUAACUUAAAAUGUCGCUAAUUGUGGUCGAGGACGAUUCGAGCGACGAGCUAGCAUCAGCUAGCUCAGUAGUAUCUGAUGGCGAACAAGGCAAACAUGUACUCGAUAACAAGAUUAAUAAAGCGAGCGCACAAGAGUUGACUAUGGAUGAGAGAUCUUACGACGAUGCAGAGACCGUAUCUACUGCGUAUAAUGAUGACGAAGAAAAACCCCUGUUAGAACUAAUGAAGCAUCUAAUAAACUACAACGGCAAGCAGAACACCAAGCUGACGAACAACCAGCUCAUCGGCAUCCUGAAGAAGGAGUUUGAUCUGGACCCCGCUAACCUGCACUUCAUCAGUGUGGACAUAUAUAUGAAUGUGUUGAAGAAAUUCUUGAAAAGUUGGCCGCAGUGGGAUGAAUUUGAUCAGGUAAUGCAUGAAACCCGCUGCAUGGAUGACCACGAAGAGAUUGAAAAAAUGCUGGACAUCGAAUACACAUCCCUAAAGGAAUACCUCGCCACCAUUUUGAAAGCGACUGAACCGUUCGCCAGAGAAGCGGCCCAGAAACUGAAACGGAGCCAAGAAAUACCCGAAUCCAGCAAAGCAGUCCCCGGGGAUGUUGUCUUAGAAAUAAAUUGCUCCAGAGAUCAAUUAAAUAAACUGUUCUUUCGAAAACCACAUCCAGAAUACAAAGGAUCAAUAUUUAAUAUAAACUCUGACGUACCAUCAAAAAUAUGUGUUAACCAACAAACUUUUCAAUCCAUGCUGAACUCAUGCUACAUCAAUAUUACUAUAAAUAUGGCCUGCUUUAAGUAUAAAAGGGAAAUGCUGCCAAAUUUUAAGCACAUGCUUAUAAAUAAAAACCUAAGACAGAUUCAAAGGGAGCCGAGAUUAAACACCCAUUUGCAAACACCGAAAAAUACGAAAACUCAAGGGGAUGUGGCGAGAAAAGAUUUGAAGUUAGUUAUAGAGAAAAUACAACGGUCAAAUAGAUAUAAUAUAGAGCAGCAACAUGACGUAGAUAUGAUAUUUAAGACCAUAAAUGAAGAUUUGAAAGUAUUGCCAGCGACAUUUAAUAAUGGCAGGGUGGAGAUACCUUGUACGUUCAGGUUUCAUAUGAGCGAAUAUCCAUAUGUGAGAUAUCUGUAUGAAGAUGUUGAUACGGAAUCGGAGAAGUAUGAUUUGCAGUUGGAGGAGAAGAUUUCACCGAUGGUGUGGUUCCAUAUAUCAAGGUUAAGCCUGAAGAUCAGUGCUACGAACAUGGACAGCAACUGGCUGAAGCUGGAGUGUUCCAUCUGUCAGACGGCAUACCACGGCGUCCAGGGUAUAGGGGCGUUGAAGGCACAUUUUAGAGAAGCCCAUCAGAACGAGCCUAACUGGAGCUGCACUCACUGCGACACGGAGUUUACGGCCACGCAGCUGGCGACCGCCAGGUGGCACCACCACUGCAAUAACAUGGAGGAACCAAAACUGUUUGAAAACUAACUCCCCGUUUGGGUAUUAGUCUCCAUUUGUCCCGACAUGACGUACGCACAGUCAGCGGGGUUGCAUUUGAAUUACGCAUUAUAGGGAGAGGGGAGGGAGAGAGGGUCAGGGGGGUAGGAACCCCCCCCCCCCCCCCCGACCCCGUCCCAAAAGUUAGGAAAUCAAUAGUUACCACAAAAAAAUAUAUGUUUUGAGGUUAUGUAUUUUGAGGUCCAUGAACCAAGUAACUGAAGAAAAUUUCGUAUACAUAUUUCUGAGCACUUUGUCCGUAUACAUGGUUUUGAGCACUUUGUCCGUAGCGAGUCGGGUGUGUUGUGAACGCAAGAUACCUAGCACUCCUCGCUUCGCUCGUCGUCGUACCUAACUGUAUUUCGUCGGGUGACAAGCAAAAGUCACUAACUAACACCAUUGAAAUUAUUGGACAAUAAACCGUGUUACAAGUGUAAUAAAGUGCAUUGUUACUUAAAUUUUUUGAUAGUACUUAGUGACUUUUGCUUGUCACCCGACGAUUUCGUUCCGUCACACGUAACUUCAAACACGUAGAAAAAGAAACUACGCGUCUCCUAGACACAAAUCGGGUGUCAUUUGAACCCCUAUAAAAUGCGACCCUUACCCCCCCCUCCCUAUAAUGCGUAAUUCAAAUGCCUCAGUCAGCAGCAGAAGUUGCUAAACGGGCCAGGUGUUCAAAAUGAUCUAGACGCGACUUUAUUGUUGAGAGAAUAAGAGCGUGUCAAGGUCAUUUUGAACACCUCGCCCGCUUAGCUACUUCUGCUGCUGACUGUACAUUAUUGCCAUAUCGCCGGAUGACAAGCAAAAGUCACUAAGUACCACCACAAGUUCAUAGCUAAAAUGAACCAUGUUAGUACUAAAAGAAGGUCGAUUUUUGUUUAAUUUUUUUAGUAAUUAGUGACUUUUGCUUGUCACCUGACGAUAUGUAAGCUAGUAGUGACACCACAGUGUAAAAAGUAACAGUGGACCGACGCCUUUGAUGUUUGCGUAAAAGCAAUACACACACACAGUAGGGUUGUCAGACUUUCACACAACUGCCCAAGACUUACACUUGACUUACUAUAAGACACGCUAUCCCUGUUAGUAGUACCGAGCUACUAACAUUGGUGAUGUAUGCAGCUCGGGUGCGCGCUUCGUCGAAUGAAUAUUGUUUUAUAGACUGGUGACACCAUCCCAGGGCCAAAUAUAAUGUUAUCAGAUUUUACCAGAGCUUCAAUAAUGGAGGUUAGUUAGGUUUUGUGAUACUUUUUGUUAUAAAAGAGGAUAUCUUUUGUUUUUUCAAUUAUUUUUUCAAUAUCAAUUUGAAUUGGUCGCCCAAAGUCGCCGGGCCGAGAGUUUAUUAAUUAUAAAUGUAAUUGUAGAACUGAUGUGAAUUUUCAAAAUAUAUAUUUUUGUACCUA